AUGUGGCAGUUCUCACGGAGCCAACUGGUGUGCUUCGGUGUGGCGGUGUCCCUGGUACGUGGGCAGGUUGACGUCGGACUCGAGUGUGGAGUGCGCAGCUCGGGGACGAGAGUUUGGCCAUUUCACGUCGGGUUGCAGCAAGCGGUAGGCGAAGAAUGGCACUACUUUUGUGGGGCCACGAUUGUCAGCGUAUGGUUUGUGGUUGGUUCAGCCCACUGCGUCCAGGGGCGUCCGGUGGGGCAAGUGUCGGUGCGCUACGGUACCUACAACCUGAGCAGCCCCGACCAGGGAGGUCGCAUUAUUGUGGCGCAGAUCUUGCCACAUCCGGACUACCGUGCGCCAGAUUUCAGCAACGACAUAGCGUUGCUUGAGCUACGGGAUCCGCUACCGUUCGGUAAACUGGCCCAACCGGCCUGCCUUUGGCCAACUGUCGAGGAGCAGCUGGAAGGAAUCUGGGGUACCAGCGUAGGGUGGGGCAUUGGACCAGGCAAUGUCUACACGCCGGUGCUCGAAGUGGCCAACGUUACGGUGUGCCCAAAGCGAAGGUGUCUCGAACUGUUCACGGCCAAGCUGUUCGAAGCGAAUCAGUUUUUUUGUGCCGUUACUCCGGUGUGCAGCGGAAGCGGAGGCAGUGGAUUCUACGUCAACAUCGAUGGCCGCUAUUAUUUACAAGGCAUCACCACGUUCGGCACAGUGGCGAAGGGAAUAUAUCGGUGCGGUAUCAACACCUUGACCAGUUUGCUGAAUGCAGCCAAGUACACAGAUUGGAUCGACCGAACCAUUACCGAUGCAAGGUCUAAUAACAAGGUCUAG